CAGGAUCCUGGCAGCCUCCCAUCACACCUGGAAGCACGACGACUUAGGGUGAGAAAAGUGUGCACCUCCUUAAAGAUACAGUCACCCUUGCUGAGGCGCCGUCGCCUUAACACCUACUUGCUAACGAAGCUCCGGUGGGAUAUCCUUCACCACAUCCUGUACUGCCCCGUGCCGCAGGUCGGGCUUCCGUGGACGAAAUACAUGCUCGGCUCGGUAGAUGAAGGGAACACCUCAGUGACAGGCAACAAUGUGGAUGUUCUGUUAGGACGCCGCCUCCCGUCACCGACCCUUGAGGCACUGGAGGCGUUUGCUUUUGGUGACGGCGUGCGGGUGAUGGUGGCGCGGCAUCCAUUCAGCAGGCUGGUCUCCGCGUAUCUGACGUUGAUGAAGGAAGCCAACAAGACACACACUUCAGAGUUUCCAGGGAGGACCAAGGGAGAGAGAAACACUCACAGCCAAGCCAAGAUUGCAGUGCCCGCCUCUUUCCGUGAGUUUUGCCGCUACGUGAUACACACCAUCGAACAAUGGGUGGCCAGCCCGCACCUGCCGCCGCCCGAUCCUCGCUGGAUGCCCGUCACUUACCUGUGUUCGCCCUGCACCGUUAACUACACUAUCAUCAGCAACGUUGAAUGUUUCAACUCAGACGUUAAGUUCAUCAAUGAGUACUGUGGCUUGCAUGGUGAGGCGAAGGACGUUCUGAAUGGUGGGCGGCCCUCCCUGCAGCGGCCAAGACACACCAAGGAGACGCACGAUCCCGCAGAAGAGGAUGACGGAGCGCACUGUAUGGAGGAAAGUAAGCAUGAAUUACUUCUAACAGCGGCCAAGAAAGAAGGAAGAAAGUCUCACUCCUCGUCCACAAGCAACAGAGGCAUGGACAGCAGUGUGCGGACGCUUUUCAGUCAGCUCUCAAAGGAGGAGGUGGAUCGGCUGUAUCGAGUCUAUCAAUAUGACUUUUACCUAUUGCAGUACCGUCCACUGUAGCAGAGAGAACACCAUACCAGCCUGCAUAAUAGCACAGAGGAUUCACAGGGAAUUUAAUUAGUUGGUGCCGUUGUGAAGUAGAACUUGUUCCUGUCCGUACAUAAACAACCCGCCAGGGGCAGGCCAGGCAGGGGCAGACACCCACGGCAGUAAAAACAAGUCGAGUAAAGAACACUAUUAAACUGACAUCUAAGAACGUGAAGUUAAGGCAGAUUAGAGUACCCUGAGAAGCGAGAGGGGAG